CCUCCCACCCCCCCAAGCCCCACCCUGCUCCUGAGGCGUCUGUGUGUCUGUCUGUGUGUCUGUCUGUGUUGUCUUCGUGCGCGCCAUGGCCGAUAUCUCCGAGAUGGAGGCGAGAAUCGAGGCGCUGGAGCGCGCCCUCUGCGGUGGCCGCCCGCCCGCCAAACGCCUCCAGUGCAUCGAUGCCCUGACGAAGAUUCAGGCGACGUUGGACGCGGCGGCGGGCAAGAGGGAGCGUGUGAGGGCCCUCUUCAAGAAACUGGAUGAGUUGCUGCGGGUGCUGGAGCCUGGGCAGUCCCCGUCUCCUGCGGUUCCUGACUCCGUCAAACUCCAGAUCGUCUUCUCGGGAGAGUCGACGUUAAAGACCCAGGCGGGGCUGCUGGAGGAGGUGGAGCAGCUGAUUCCUCUGCUGGAGAGCCAGUCCCUGCAAGCGAUCCCUGGCUACUCGGGGCAGCUGCAGGCGCUCACCCAGGUCCACGUGCGUCAGCAGGACGAGUGUGCGGCGGUGGAGAAUGAGGUGAAGACGCUGGUGGAGGAAUACAACCGGACGCUGCUGCUGCUGUCGCGUCAGUUUGUGCAGUGGGACGAGGAGCUGACGCGCGUCGAGGUGGCGCGAGGCGCCCGCAGGGUGCUCGACUGACGAGGGCCGAGGCUCCGAAGAACCCGUGGCGUCGCCCGACCGAGCACCCACCCACGGCACUCUGCACACGGCACGCGGACACACGGCACACGGACACACGGCACCCGCACGGCACGCAGAGACGCAGGCAAAGGUGCCCCCCACCACGCCCCUGCCCGUGUGGCCCCCGGCUACUUCCGUUGGGACUUCUUUCGCGCCGCACGCGGCCAAGCCGUGCCCCAACGCGCGCCGCACCGGGUUACUCACUUCGGACCGAGUCGACCUAAGGGAGGCCCCGGACCGGUUCAAGGUGUUCGCCGUCCUUCGAACUUGGGUCGUCUGCCGCAUGGCAACGUCCACCCGCCAACCCCCCCCCCCCCCCCCCCCCCCCUUACUGGCAGGACGAAACGCCUGCUCGUCUUGUUCUGCGCAGAGACAGCUGCCACUGGGGGUGCCCUCGCACGAUAGCAAUCGCUCACACUCAUUACACUCCACACUCCCCCCCCCGCCAACCCCACUGGCAGAACAUACAAACUCCAAUAUAAGCUCAUGAUACUGGUGUUUUAUUUGGGUUCGAUCGCGUGAAUAUAUAAAUGUUGUGUCGUUAAAGCCGCCACCACCCGACACAGCCAAUUAGUAAGGGGGUUUGUCACGUGAACAGAACGCGGCCAAUUCGUCACUAGCACAGCACUAACCGGGUGUGUGUUGUGGGAGCUGUACUAGUCUCGAAUUGGCAUGUUCUAUUUACGUGACAAACCUUACGAAUUGGCUGUUGUUAGCAAGGGGGUUUGUCACGUGAACAGAACGCGGCCAAUUCGUCACUAGCACAGCACUAACCGGUUGUGUGUUGGAGAGCCACAACGUUUACAGUCUUGAGUAUCGUGACGUUUCGCCAGUCAUUACAACCACCAGCUUUGUCAGGCGACAGCCACAUUUGUGGAGAAGCCCUCCGCCUGUUUUCGUUCCUUAUGCAGAGGCGUCGAUGUGAUGACCACGCUUGUGCAAAGUGGUGGUGGUGGUGGCGGCGGCGGGGGGAGGUGGGAAUCGACGUACAAUCUGCGAGCCACGUGAUCUUGUACUUGCUUGUCCAUUGUGUUGUACUGAAAUAGCCCCGUACCAACGGUGAUCCCGAUCCAUGGAAAGCUCGCCCGGGGUUGGGAGUCGAACCCCCGGUCGCCGCCGUGCUUUACGGCCCUGCCGCCCCGCCGCCCCCGGCGAUCGAUCGAUUACGACGAUUUGGGUCGGGCCAAGUCCGCCGAGCUCGGGCGAGGAGUCGAACGCGUGGCCUGCGCUCCGUAUUUAUCAAAUAAAAGGCCGAUGGCGAUGAGGCGC